AUGGUGGAUCCCGGGGGCCGGAUCAUCAGGCGCGCUCCCACGAGGGAGCUCAGCGUCGGCGUGUGGAUCCAGAGUGGGUGGUGCUACCGUGACCGGCUGAAGGGGGUAACGCCGAGGGUGCUCGCUGUCGAGCCGUGGAGUCAGAGACCUUCACCUGUAAUCCAGGUGAGGGGGACUGCGGGAGAGACGAGGGAACGGUCAGCCCGGACGGCGAUGCCGCUCGAAGGGAAGGAGAACCGCCCGCCGGUGACGGCGCUGUGGCGAGCGAGGAGCAAGAAGAGCCAUCUUCCCAUCUGUUACCUGCGUAAACCUCUGAAGGAUAUCACUACCCUGGUUAAUAUAAGCGCUCGCCCUCCUCCCCAACUCCAAUCACAUUUAGCGUUGGGUCGUAUUCCAUCCAUCGCUUCCCACUGCCCGCCUUUUUGAUCCGCUAAUAGGAUUGCUUUCUGGUUAUUUCUGCCCUUUGUGAUCUGAUAUUCAGGCAAUGGGGAAGAGAAGCGUUUCUCUGCGGUCUGCUGCGCGGCACCGUGGAGCCCCCAGGAGUCCUCUCUCUUCUCCGUCUCCGUCUUCAUUCAGUUGAGAAACGGUCAACCGAAAUACCGAUUCUCACGGAUUCAACAGCCUAUUUAUGGGCUGAGGUGGCUGUGAGGUGCAUAUAAAUAGAGGUUUCCUUCUCUUUCAUUGGACGUAACUUAGAGUAACCAUUUUGACCUUUAUUUCAUUAUAGAAAUAGAGUGUUUGGGAGAGAGCUUCUAAAGAAGAUCAUUUGGGUUGGUGAGUACAUCAGAGGGCCAAGAUCAUUUAGAUCCGUUCUCUGCGAUCUUGGAAGGGUCAAAGAUUAGAGAUUUGUUCUUUGGGUUCUUGAGGAGUGAUUCUUUUGUACUAUUUUUCGCAUUUAGUGUAAAUUAAUUCAGAUCAAAAAACUUAUGUGAUAGGGCUCAGGAAGAAUACCCAGAGAGAUCGUCAAUAAGGACGCGCGGUAG